AUGUCGAGCCCCGCCCCGGCCGCCCCACGUGACGGCUCCACGUGCCGCCGCGCGCCCGGCCUCCGCACGUGCCGGGGCCACUCUCUCCCCCCCCCCCCCGGGCGACGUGCGUCUCAACGUGCUACGUCACGACGUAGCGCCUCGAGUUAUGCCAACUGGUCGGCCGCUUUGGGUCGUGCCAACUUACAGGCCGCUUCAAGACGUGCCAACCUACAGGACGCCUCCAGUCGUGCCAACCUACAGGCCGCUUCAGGUCAUGCCAACCUACAGGACGCCUCCGGUCGUGCCAACCUAGAGGACGCCUCCAGUCGUGCCAACCUAGAGGAUGCCUCCAGUCGUGCCAACUUACAGGCCGCUUCAGGUCAUGCCAACCUACAGGACGCCUCCGGUCGUGCCAACCUAGAGGACGCCUCCAGUCGUGCCAACCUACAGGAUGCCUCCAGUCGUGCCAACCUACAGGCCGCUUCAGGUCAUGCCAACCUACAGGACGCUUCAGGUCAUGCCAACCUAGAGGACGCCUCCGGUCAUGCCAACCUAGAGGACGCCUCCGGUCACGCCAACCUACAGGCCGCUUCAGGUCACGCCACCCUACAGGCCGCCUCCGGUCCCGCCAACCUACAGGCCGCCUCCGGUCCCGCCAACCGACGUGCCUCCCGACGAGGUGCCACCCACGGUCGGGGCGGGCAGCACAGUGUGUCUGUGUGGGUCCGUGCCACUGGGAGAGACGAUCCGAAGGGGGUCCGCGUGUGCACGGAAAAAUGAGCCAGGCGGCAGCGGGCCGAGCGGACCGGACGGGCCCGAGGCGGGGAAGGAGCCGAUGCAGAAAUCCAGCCGGGACGUGCCGCGGACGCGGACCAGGCGGGUGACCGUGUGGACGGAGAGGACGACGUGAGAGUCGAAAGAGGACGGGGACUCGAGGAGGACGCCGAGAUCGCAAGCCUGGGAGAUGGGGAGGGUGUCCCGUCCCGGGGGGGAGCGUUGGAUGAUUAUUUUUUUUAUCAGUA